UGGAACAAAAAUGUUCUCGGCUAGAAAAUAUCGAAUGCGUUUCGUCACUGUCUGUUUCAUUUACAUCGUAGAAUCAGCUUGACGACUGGAGCUCGAGAACUGCGUGUGCGUUCCCAGUGAGGGCCAGAGUAGAGAUGGUGUAUCGUCUAGGGCUCAGUGUGGAGCUGAUCCAGCCGUUGAUGAGAUGUAGAGGGUUUAUCAGGCCAGCAGGCCUUCCUGCUGUUCUCAGGUCCUCUGUUAUAGGUAUGGGACGCAUCUCUCCGGUGAAUCUUCGCACACUCGCCUCGUCCUCCCUUCGUGCCGCCAGCCUUACAUCUUCCGAUGACCUCGACUCCCCACUCACUCCCUUCCAAAGCAAGAUCGCGGCUUUAGAAUCAGAGGCACUGGACAAUCCAUCGUCCCCUCAAGCUCAGUUGGACCUUCUCAAAGCAUUAGCAGAGGGUCAAGAAUAUGCUGGGCUAGCGAAAUACUACGAGACAGUGGCUCUGGAAGAGAAUGACGAUGCCAGGAAGAAAAUCUUGCUGGAGAGUGAGGACGCUUGGAACCUCUAUCUUCAAUCGCUAGGAGCUACUCGUCGACUGUCAGACAUUGCUAGGAGCGUGAGGAAAAGAGAUGAGGCCAUGCGCAAUCAUGGGAUCUCGUCUGGCUCUACCAAAUCUAACUCAGCCUCCGCAUGGACCACGCCUAUCGAUACAACAACUGCUACUGAAUCCUCAUCCAAAACUACCUCGGCAUCCCCUCUCGUUUCGUCUCUGUCAACACCAGCAACAUCUCAUAGUGCCUCGGCAGAUACCACAGCUAGUACCUCAUCGCUAUUGACAAGCGCAGCGGGCUCGACAUCCGGUAUGGGUACCCCUCUUUCACCCAUUUACGUUCAAAUGGCCCCUCCAACUGCCCAGAUGAAUGCUGCAAGACUGGCAAGAUGGCUUUUUGGAAUGCUGAUCUGGGGAUUUAUCUUCUUGACGAUACUCAGUAUGGUCAUGGAGAAUACCGGUUUACUCAAAGCUGGUCCUGGUCCCGCGGAAUUUGAGCCAGAGGAGGGCAAAGUGGUCAAGUUUGCCGACGUGCACGGUGUGGAAGAGGCCAAAGCGGAACUGGAAGAAAUCGUGGAAUUCCUUAGAAACCCGGAAAAAUUCUCAACUUUGGGCGGCAAGCUGCCAAAGGGAGUUCUGCUCACCGGUCCCCCGGGAACUGGAAAGACUAUGCUUGCACGAGCUGUCGCUGGAGAGGCAGGAGUGCCAUUCCUCUUUGCCAGUGGAUCGAGCUUUGACGAGAUGUUCGUCGGUGUCGGAGCCAAGCGUGUCCGAGAGCUUUUCGCUACUGCAAGGAAAAAAUCACCUGCCAUCAUCUUCAUCGACGAAUUAGAUGCGAUCGGUUCGAAACGUAGUGCCAAGGACCAGCACUACAUGAAACAGACAUUAAAUCAACUCCUGGUCGAACUGGACGGAUUUGAGCAGUCCGAGGGGGUCAUCAUUAUUGCCGCUACGAACUUCCCCGAAUCUUUGGACAAGGCUCUGACACGUCCAGGUCGUUUCGAUCGACACGUGGUCGUCGGUCUUCCAGACGUGCGAGGUCGAAUUGAGAUCCUCAAACACCAUAUGGGAGAGGUCCAGUACGAUGUUGAGGUUGAUCCAAGCAUUAUUGCCCGUGGCUGCCCAGGAAUGAGCGGAGCCGACUUGCAGAAUCUAGUGAAUCAGGCCGCCGUGAAAGCUUCCCGUGAAGGAUCAACGACCGUUCAGCUAAAGCAUUUCGAGUGGGCGAAGGACCGUAUUUUGAUGGGUGCUGAGAGACGGUCGCACUACGUGACUGAGGAAUCUAAGCGCGCUACUGCCUAUCACGAGGGGGGACACGCUUUGGUCGCACUUCACACACCAGGAGCCAUGCCUCUGCACAAAGUGACGAUUAUGCCACGGGGACCGGCGCUCGGUAUCACUUUUCAGCUUCCUGAGCAGGACAAAGACUCAUAUUCAAGGAAAGAGUAUCGGGCGAUGAUCGACGUAGCGCUUGGCGGUCGUGCAGCUGAGGAGAUGAUCUUUGGGCAUGACGAUGUGACCUCUGGCUGUUCGAGUGAUCUGCAGCGGGCCACGGAUGUCGCCGCUAGGAUGAUCCGAAGCUAUGGUUUCAGUGACAAGGUUGGCCUGGUAGCGCAUGGUGAUGAAGAGUCAGUAUACCUGUCGAGCAAAAAGAAGGAUGAGAUCGAAGGGGAGAUCAAAGACUUCUUAGACAGCGGGAUGAAGCGGACAGUAAAGUUGCUGAAAGACCAUGAGGACGAGUUGCACAAGCUCGCUGCCGCCUUGGUCGAGUACGAGACUCUGAAUCUGGAUGAAGUCAGACUUGUGCUUCAGGGUAAAAAGCUUGACCGACCGUUGAAUGUCGGGGAGAGUUUCAAGUCAGCAGCGGAGAAGUUGGGCCAGGGGGCGAUCGUCGAAGGCAUAUAGUUGCAUAUAGACACUCAUCACUGCAUUGUAAUUUCCGGCGAUCAUGGG